AUGUUGGGCGGCGAGGAGGAGUUCGCCUUCCUGUCUACGGAGGACGUCUGGGCCGCCAAGGGGGCACGCCACCCUGAGAUGGAGAUCACGAAGGCCUCGUCCACGGCUGCGGACGGGACCAAGGUCUCCGGGGCGAAGUACGCGACCAUGAGGAAGACCGACGCCUCGACCUACAUCAUGACGCGGGGCACCGGCACGCUGAUGGUUUUCAGCGGCCGUCUCGCGAAACACGAGCUGCAUGUGUGCUGCGCCACGGGCCAGACGGUGGCCAAGGCGAGCCCUGGCAACACCGAGGGCAUGUACGAAGUGGUGGUCUACACCAACACGGAUGCGGGGCUGAUCAUCCUCGGCCUGCUCGCGAUCGACAAGUGCGAGGUGGCGCAGGUGGAGUAG